AUGAUUGAUGGUUCCCGCAAUCCUACACUAAACAUACCGUCUGCUGGCUAUAAAGCCGAUGACAUAGUAUCCUGUAUCCUUGAUAAUUACAACCGCAGCACGUUGACAGUCGGCAGUGUUUUGAACAACACCAACGCCAUGCGAGAUGAUAGCUCAUGCAGCGAAGAUGGCACGGACAACCAAUCAGUUCAGUUUUAUUUAGGUAGCAUCGCGCCUUCACCGGCCAUAAUUACUUCAGAAAAAACACGCCCGCUUUAUCCACUACCUGCACAGGACGGGGUAAGCGUUAUCAAUGACAUUAGUCAGGCACACAGCGCGCUUAGUACGACAUCGGCUGUGUCAGUGGCGCCAAUGUUUAAUGCAUUACCGGCCUCGCCUACGCCAAGUAACACGCACGCGACAUCAAUAUGUGAUAGUACUGUCUUCUGUGUCGAUAACGGUGACUGCGGCAGUUGCCACAGCCCCUCUGUUUCGUCUGAAAGAUCUGUAACAGCUCCACCACGUGCCAAGAAACAGAUGUUGGGUAUGACAUCAGGUACAAUGCCAGCAGCGGCUGUUAUUUCCAAUACCACGUGUCCUUCCAGCACAGGUCGCGCACCUCUACCUCCACCUCGCAAAGCGACUCAGAGAACUCAAAAGCAGAAACCCACAUGAAUUUGUUUUAUGUGUACCUAUCUCUCCAAUUUUUCUACCAAAAACUAUAAUUGUAAAUUGAUGAAGACUAUAUGGGAGUGUUAAUCAUUUGCAUUCAGCUUAUGUUACAAUACAUCAGUUAUUUUAUUUUGUUUUUAUUUUAUAUUGAUAAAUUUGCAUAUAAAAGGAAAAUUAAUUGCAUAUUUGUUUUAACUCUCGUUUUAAAACAUUCUAUUUGCAUAAUAUAGUCUAAAAAACACAUACAUAUAAUAAUUAUACUUUACUCGUAAUUACACAAUUUGUUAUAUUUUUAAAACCAAUGCGCGAUCAAUUGGGAAUUGUUAGCAAGCCCAUUCUAACUGAGCAACACUGUACGUACUGUACGUAUGUACAUAAGGACUAUACAUAAACAAUAUUAAAAUCUGUCAGAUGCUGCGAUCACAAAGCAUGGACUUAGUUCCCACACCUCAAUCGCAAUCCGAAGUAACACUCAUCACUAUCACUACGAUUCGAACAGAAAAUACUACCAAGUCGUUGGGUGACAGGUAUGAUAACCAAAAAUCGAACGCAUAUGGCUGCAGAAGUUAAUAAGUAGUUGGACCAAAAUCAGUUCCUAUAUUAUUGGGCAAGUGACAGGCCACUAUUUGGUAGUUCGUUCGUCUAAAACGCAACAUUGAGAAGGUAACAACCAGAGACAUGGCCGACAGCAGAGCAGAAUAAAGUUCUCAAACAGCAGAUUUUCGUGGUAUAGAGUAUCUCGUAUACCCCGUUGCUCAUGGAACUAACAUGACACGCCUCAAUUUAUUUGGAGAUCAGGGCACCAACAGUGUAACACCAAUGUAUACCACAACCUAAGAACAGAUUCAGUGCAACUGAUGGAAGCAGUGUUAACAUCAUCUAAUACAGCAGCUGCAUCUACACUAACAUUUGUCAAUUGGAUUGGUAGUUGAUUUUCUCACAAUAAGAAUAAUGUUAAGAUCAACAUGAACGAUGUCCAUAAAGGAAUAUCAGAAAUAUGUAUAGUAUGUAUAUGAUGUUGCUCCAGUUUCGCGAUCUUUAUGCAUAAUAAGCUCUAAAUAUUUAAUGUUAGUACUUGAUCGCCCAAAGAAGCGACGUAAAUACAUAAAUAGGUCGUAGGUAGUCAAGCAAACAAUGUAAACUGGAAAUAAAAUUACGAAAGUGACCUUUUAUGUGUACUUAAUACUUAUAAGAUUUUAAUUUAAGUUUCCAUUAAAUUACAUAUUAUUGUCUUUGGAA